AUGCAAUUAUGGAUUACCUGUUUAUUUUUGUUAAUAGAAAUGAAGACUCUACACUCUAUAGAUAUAAAACACGGUAAUGCAUUAUCACGUCCAACACAAAAUGUAAAUCAGAAAAAAUUAUUUAAUAUUGAAAAUGCAAUUAAUGAUGAAGAUCAACUAGUACCGAAUGAAUCGUCAAGACUUUGUUUAUCUCUUCAUAAUUGCUCAUCAUAUGGAUAUAGGAAUCUAUUCGUUAGUUUAGCAGCAAUCGCCAUAUUGGUAUGCUGUCUGAGCUAUCAAUGCUAUGAAUGUCGUUCGAAUAAAGCUCAACUUGAUCGGCUAGCAGCACAAAUUUCGAGUCAAGGUUACAUCAACAACGCUGCUCGAUGGGAUCCGAACCAUAUCGUUUGA